AUGCCAAUUCGAGAAAUAGAUUUUGUAAUAGUUGCUUCAGAUGUUAUUGGUAGACACAUGGAUGUUGCUGAAAUAAAGGAGAAGAUUUUAAACAUGAGAAGGGAUGUUGUUCUGUGCACCAUUUCCAUACGUGUUGACUCUACAUCAUGGCUUGAGUUCAUUGACACCUUGAGAGGAAUAAAUACAUCCAAAGGAAACUGCAUUCUCGUGACUACUCAUAUGAAGAGGGUGGCAUCCACAAUACCAGUAGAUCUUCAUAUGUUGGGAAGAUUGACAAGAGAUCAUUGUUGGUCCAUUUUUAAUCAAAGAGCAUUUGUUGAUGGGGAAGUUCCAGAGGAAGUAGUGAGCAUGAAGAACAGGAUUGUUGAAAUGUGUCAAGGUCUACCAUUGGCUGCAAGUGUAUUGGAGGCCUCUUACGCAAUAAGUAAAAACAUGAAUGGCAGGCAAUUCUUGAAGACAACCCCCUUGUUGCAGGUGAAUAUGAUAACGGGAAAAAUAGCUUAA